AUGACUCAGAACGAAGCUCAUUCAGCUUCUUCAGAAACGCCGUCCGCCCCGGCUGGCGAGGACAACGCAUCUAUUGCGUCGGUCUCGGUCCAGCAGGGUGUAUCUCCAACUUCUGACAGUUAUGCGAGGUCAGCGAACGGAGGCCACUCUAGGCAGACAUCCACUGCCUCAGUAGGACAGCACAACCUGCGGUCGACCGUGGUACUGGUAAAAACUACUUUUGAAUCGAUUCUGCAACAGAAAGAGAUCAAGAAGUUCUCAGACACCCAGAAGUCUCUAGAGAGGAGUGUCAAGAAACUCGAUGAAACUAUAGCGUCAACAAACAACGAUCCUAAAUUCCUGGAUUCGAUCUUGAUUUUUGAGCCCCUCAGGCUUUGCUGCCGCACGAAGGCCACGAACAUCGUGAUCAAAGCUCUGGACUGCCUUUCCAAGCUGUUCUCGUUCCAGGCUCUGGAUCAUUCCAUUAUGGUGAAUCCCCCUAACUCCAUGGCUUCUAAUGACCAAAGCAAUGCACCUGCGGCCGGAAUCACACCUCCUCCUAAGCAGCGGCUAAUAGAUGCCGCCAUAGAUACCAUCACUGACUGCUUUGAGGGAGAAAGCACCGAUUCACGCAUCGAGCUCCAGAUGCUGCGUGCUUUGGCUAGUUGUAUCCUCACUGACAACGCGAUCUCCAUGUGCCAUGGGCAGUCUCUUCUGAAAGCCAUCAGACAAAUAUACAACAUCUUCAUUUAUUCGCUGAGUUCCACAAACCAAGGAAUUGCGCAAGCAACGUUGACCCAAGUCGUCAAUUCCGUGUAUGAUAAACUCAAUGAUGGGCUUUCGACCGCACCUGUUCCUAACAGAAGUACCUCUAAAGUGAGCCUCAAGGGAUUACCGUCGGAAGGAUCCGAGACACAGAGUCCAGAUUCUAGUAAGCCGCUAACUCUUCAAAACUUGGAGAACCUGAACGACGAGCAAGAGCGUAUCGUUGACGAGCAACAAGAGGAGAUUGAAGACGAAAAGGCCCUAUUGGUCAAGGACGCAUUUUUAGUAUUCAGAGCUAUGGCGAAGAUUUCGGCGAAGCCUCUUGAGAAUGAUACAGACAUGAGAUCUCACGCUGUGAGAUCGAAAUUACUAUCUCUGCACAUCAUUCAUUCCAUCAUAAAAGACCACAUCGAUGUGUUUCUAUCGCAGGAACUAAUACUUCCUGGAAAGGAGAAUAGUUCUUUGGUUGACGCCGUGAGACAAUACUUGUGUCUAUUACUUUCACGUAAUGCAGCCUCACCUAUAUCACCCGUUUUUGAGAUUACAUUGGAAAUAAUGUGGUUGUUGAUAUCAAACUUGAGAUCGGAAUUCAAGAGAGAGAUCCCAGUCUUUUUGACUGAGAUUUAUUUCCCGAUCUCCGAGUUGAAGACAUCCACUGCGCACCAGAAAAGGUAUUUCCUAAGUGUAAUGCAGAGGGUUUGCAAUGACCCGCGAACUCUUAUUGAGUUUUACUUAAACUACGACUGUGAUGCACAUUUGCCUAAUGUCGUCGAAAUCAUUGUUGACUAUUUGACAAGGAUGGCCCUAACGAGAGUAGAGAUCACUCCAUCUCAGAGGGCAUACUAUGACGAACAACGUACCAAACCACUGGCAACGUACAAUCUUGCCCAGCUUCCCCUUUUAUCAAUAUCAAACUUGUCCUCCUCGAAUACCACGGAAAACGCCAAUUUUCCUGUGGAGUUCGCCUUGAAAAUGACAUCUUUAAGCUGUAUGGUUGCUGUUUUGAGAUCCUUGAGUUCAUGGGCACACAAAGCUUUGAAUCCUAAAGACUUGAACUCGACGGGCUCUCGCCUAAGGGCAACCUCAGUAUCUACCUUUGGAGGGAGAAGGCCACUAUCGGCCCGCAGCUCAACGGUGGAGGUCAACGGGGAAGGAGUCACCGCGAACUUGGACUUGGAGCGAGGCGAACAGCAGCAAAAUGAAACCUUUGAAGAAGGCGAUGACCCCAUGCAGUUUGAAAACCUCAAGUUACGCAAAAAUGAACUCCAAGACUGCAUUAACAUAUUCAACUACAAGCCCAAGAAGGGGAUCAAAGAACUCGUUGAGAAAAAGUUUAUACCGGAUGACUCUCCUGCUUCAAUUGCGAAGUGGUUACUGGAAACCGAUGGACUUGAUCUUGCUGCCGUAGGGGAUUUCUUGGGAGAAGGCGAUGAUAGAAAUAUCGCAAUCAUGCAUGCCUUUGUGGACGAGUUCAACUUUAGCAAGAUGUCCUUAGUCGAAGCCCUCAGAAUCUUUCUUCAAAAGUUUAGACUUCCUGGUGAAGGUCAAAAGAUUGAUCGUUUUAUGCUGAAAUUUGCUGAAAGAUAUGUUGACCAGAAUGUUGGCCAGUUUGCUAAAGCAGACACAGCCUAUGUGCUAUCUUAUUCCAUCAUUCUACUGAACACAGACUUGCACUCAUCUCAAAUCAAAAACAAAAUGACGCUCCAGGAGUUUAUUGAGAACAAUGCUGGAAUUGAUAACGGUAACGAUCUGCCCGAAGAAUACCUAGUUCAAGUUUUUAAUGAAAUCGCUGAAGAUGAAAUUAAACUGCAGUCAGAGCAACAUCAGGCAAUGCUGACGGGUGAUGUCAAUCCCGUGCAGCAACAACAAUCAGCAUUCAACUUUUUCAGCAGUCGUGACCUUAAUAGAGAGGCAUAUAUGCAGGUAUCCAAAGAAAUAUCCUCCAAGACUGAACUUGUUUUCAAAAAUUUGACGAAGCAUAGAGGCAAGGAAAACAACACUUACUACGCUGCUUCCCAUAUCGAACAUGUUAAGUCUGUUUUUGAUACGCUGUGGAUGUCAUUCCUAGCUGCCCUCACACCUCCUUUUAAGGAGUAUGAUGAUUCUGUAACCACAGAUAUGUGCCUUGAGGGCAUAAGAAUAUCAAUCAAAAUUUCUGCCACCUUUGGUAAUGACUACGCUAGGACUUCUUUUGUUGGCGCGCUAGUUCAAUUUGCAAACUUGCAAAACGUUCAGGAAAUCAAGGCCAAAAAUAUAAAUGCGACUAUUGUGCUCCUUGAGCUUGCACUAACCGAGGGUAACUUUUUAAAAGAGUCUUGGAAAGAUGUUUUGCUGGUUGUGUCCCAAGUCGAGAGGUUACAAUUAAUCUCAAAAGGUGUAGACGGUCAAACUUUGCCUGAUGUUUCGCAAGCCAGAUUGGCAAACAGCAGAAGUUCAUUCGACUCCACCAGAUCAGCGUCAAUGGGCUUUUUUGAGCGGUGGACAAAAAAAUCGACGCCUAUCGAACUCGCUCAAGAAAAACACCAUAAUCAGAUUCUGACACCUGAAAUUUCAAAGUAUAUUUCUUCGAGUCAUCUCGUGGUACUGAUUGAUCGCAUCUUCACUAACAGUUCCAAUUUGACGGGCGCUGCUAUCGUGGAAUUUAUCAAGGCCUUGACGGAGGUAUCAUUCGAAGAAAUUGAAUCGUCCCAAAAUGCUGCUAGCCCCAGAAUGUUUUCGAUUCAAAAAAUGGUUGAUGUUUGUUAUUACAACAUGGACCGUAUCAGACUUGAAUGGACACCCAUUUGGGCUGUAAUGGGCGAAGCUUUCAAUAGAAUUGGUACAAACCCUAACCUGGCAGUUGUGUUUUUCGCGAUUGAUUCUCUCCGUCAGCUAUCAAUGAGAUUUUUGGACAUUGAGGAACUUUCCGGUUUUGAGUUCCAACACGAUUUCCUGAAGCCCUUCGAGUAUAUCACGUACAAUACUACAGACACAGAGGUUCAGGAAAUGUGUGUUGAGUGUUUCAAGAACUUUAUAUUAACCAAGUCGUCCAAAAUCAAGUCCGGUUGGAAACCAAUUUUGGAGUCCCUCCAAUACGCUGCGAAAUCUCCAAAAGAAACGAUUGUGGUUAAAACCUACCAAUUGGUUGCUGACGACAUUGUUAGAAACAACUUUGAGAGCGUUUUUUCUCAGGACAACUCUUUCAAUGAUUUGGUGGCAAUUCUCAAGGAGAUUACCAAAAAUCAAAAGUUCCAAAAGCUGGCUCUACACGCGCUUGAAGUUUUGAAAAAGAUCACUCAAAAAGUUGCGGAUGUGUGCUUCAAAAAGGAUGCAGCCGCCUUGCUUCAUGGGAAGGACUUAUUUCAUGAUGUGUGGUUCCCCGUUUUGUUCUGCUUUAAUGAUACUAUCAUGACAGCAGAAGACUUGGAAGUUAGAUCUAGAGCCCUCAACUAUAUGUUCGAUGCAUUAGUUGCUUACGGCGGCGAAUUUGACGACAGCUUCUGGACCAGUAUUUGCACCAAGCUUUUGUUUCCAAUUUUCGGAGUUCUUUCUAAACAUUGGGAAGUUAAUCAGUUCAACAGCCAUGAUGACCUUUCAGUUUGGCUUUCUACAACUUUGAUCCAGGCUCUUAGAAAUAUGGUGGCACUAUUCACCCACUAUUUCAGUUGUCUCAACAAAAUGCUGGACGGAUUCCUAGGACUGCUCGUAUCGUGCAUAUGCCAGGAAAAUGAUACAAUUGCUCGGAUUGGGAGGUCAUGCUUACAGCACUUGAUCCUUCAAAACAUUAGUAAGUUCGAUGAUACUCACUGGAGUCAAAUUACAGCUGCCUUCAGUAGGUUGUUCGAACUAACGACUGCACAUGAACUCUUUGACAUGGAUCCUUUGCACCAAGGUAGAAGGCAAUCCGAAUCUGCUGCUAAAUCUGAGAAUGCAGCUACUGUCGAGGAGGAAGUUGAGAGGGCUCAUCAGGAGGAGGAAGGAGAAGAUGUUGGAAAUGUGGACACUGAGGCCGAAAAGCCCUCGAAAAGGCUUGUCAAAACCAAAAGCAGCGAGGAUUUGAGGCGCAGGCUUUCGGCCAAAAACGCUAUAGUAGUUAAAUGCGUUCUGCAAUUGCUGAUGAUAGAAUCUCUAAGCGAGCUCUUUGAGGAUGAUGGUUUCUCGAACCAUAUUCCAUACAAGGAAUCAAUCAAACUUACAAAUCUGCUACAAAACACGUAUGAGUUCGCUAGGGACUUCAACGAUGACUUCGAGCUGAGAACUCGUUUGCUCAACGCACGUCUCGUUGAUAAGAUUCCCAACUUGACAAAGCAGGAGACAAGCGCUUCAGCUGUACUCAUCAACAUCAUGUUUAAACUCUUUUUGAACAGCGAGAAAGAAUCCAAAGAUGAGAAAAAAAAGCUUUCUGAAAGACUGAUUUCGAUAUCUGUUCGCGUUGUCCAAAAGUACGUGUCCCUCGAUGACAGGUCGACUGAGCGCGAUAUCAACGCUUGGCGCCCUGUUGUAGUUGAAAUUCUGCAAGGGUAUUACGAGUUUGACGACAGCGACUUCAAGGAAAAUUGCCCAGUUAUGUAUGAAUUGGCCAUGCAAAUCCUAGACAAGAGCGUUCCAACUGACCUCAGACUCGCAAUCAAGGAUUUCCUGACUAGGGUGGGCGAAUUGUAUUUAUAG